AUGCGCAUCGCUGUGGAGGAGAAUGCCUCCUCUCACACAAAACAGGGCUACCUCAGGAGGUUUUACAACCUGAACCCCAGAAGCAGAUACAGGGUCUCAGCGAGACGGAUCAGGUCCACGUCAGCCGUGGAGGAGAAAGUUAGGGAAAUGCAAAACUUCUUUGGUCUGAGACAGACGGGACACCUGGACCCUCACACCCUGGAUGUGAUGAGGGAGCCGAGGUGCGGCGUCCCAGACGUGGAAAACUUCAGCUUUUACCCUGAAAGGCCUAAAUGGAGGAACCACACCAUCACAUACAUGGUUGCCAAAUACACUCCAGACAUGAAGAGAGAGGAUGUGGAAAAGUCCUUUCGCUCGGCGCUGAAGAUGUGGAGUGACGCAACCCCGCUGAGGUUCAUCAGGGUCAACCAUGGCAAAGCCGAUAUCGUCUUCUCCUUUGCACGCAGAGCUCAUAGAGACUUCUCUCCCUUUGAUGGGCCCGGGGGUGUGCUGGCACACGCCUUUCAGCCUGGAGACGGGAUAGGAGGAGACGUGCACUUUGAUGAGGAUGAAACAUGGACGGCAGGGAGGCAAGGUUACAGCCUGUUUGCUGUUGCAACUCAUGAACUGGGCCACUCGCUGGGUUUGACUCACUCAAUGGACCCCUCUGCUAUCAUGUACCCCAAUUACAGGCAUCGCAGCAGCACACAGUACUCUCUGUCCAAAGAUGAUGAGCUCGGGAUCCAAACGCUGUACGGUGAGAAUGAAAUUGAAAAGGUGAAAAUAGUUGUUCCCAAAAAGUGUGACCCCAACUUUUCUUUCGAUGCAGCCGCUAUGAUUGGAAAUGACAUUGUUUUCUUUAAAAGCAGGUACAUGUGGAUGAGGACAACACGGGCCACCUAUUGGAAUCGCCUGAGAGAUGGCCACAGCAGCACAUACUUACCGAGCAUCAGUUCUCACGUCGAUGCCGCUUAUGACAUCCCUGCCAAAGGCGUAGCGUACAUAUUCACUGGUCAUAAGUACUGGGUGGUUCAGCAGCUUAAGACGAAAAGUCGCACCGGCUCCAUCUACGAGUACGGCUUCGCCUCCAGAAUCCGGCAGGUUGACGCUGCCGUGCAUAUCGGGGAAUAUGGGAAAACUGUUUUCUUCACGGGAGAGUUUUAUUACAGGUUCGAUGAGCGCAAGAGACAGAUGGACCCCGGAUUCCCCAGACUCAUCCAAACAGACUGGCCUGGAAUCCCGAGAAGGGUCGACGCCGCCUUUAAGUUGCAAGGAAGCAUCUUCGUUCUCAGUGGGACCAAGUCCUACCAGUAUGACUUCCGGCAAAAUCGGGUGGUGAAUAUCAUUUCAGCAAACUCUUGGCUGGGCUGUUGAUGCAGCUGAUAUGACGCUGGGGACCAGUUAAAUUGCUUCUGAGAAUAUAGCCUACAAGAAGAACUCUGAAACGAGAACUGUUGAGAAGAGGCAGUUGUUUAUGUCACAUAAUAAUUACGCUGCA